UGCCUUCUCCCAGUGCCUUGCUGGCGGACAGCCCCACGCCCUUCGGGAACGCAAAGGAGGUGAUCGCCAUCAGGGACUACUGCCCGACCAACUUCACCACGCUCAAGUUCUCCAAGGGCGACCACCUGUACGUCCUGGACACGUCGGGCGGCGAGUGGUGGUACGCGCACAACACCACGGAGAUGGGCUACAUCCCGUCCUCCCACGUGCAGCCCCUCAACUACCGCAACUCCACGCUGAGCGACAGCGGCAUGAUCGACCCUCUCCCCGACAGCCCGGACGAGGUGGCCAAGGAGCUGGAGCUGCUCGGGGGCUGGGCAGACGACGGGAAAGGCUUGGGGAAGACGCACAGCAACAACCCUUUUUGGAACGGGGUCCAGACAAACCCGUUUCUGAACGGGAGCUUGUCGGCAGCGCCCGGCGUGGACGAGCCGAGUGCCAGGAGGACUGUGGACUUGCUGCUCUUCGACGCUGGCACGGCCUCGUUUAUGGAGUCCAGCUCGGCGACCGCGAACAGCACGGGCAACAUCUUCGACGACCUUCCCACCACAAACGGGCUGCACGCGGAGCAGCCGGUCAGGCGGGACAACCCCUUCUUCAGAAGCAAGCGCUCCUACAGCCUCUCGGAGCUCUCCGUGCUCCAAGCCAAGUCCGACGCCCCCGCGGCAUCCAACUUCUUCACGGGCCUGAAAUCUCCUGCCCCGGAGCAGUUUCAGAGCCGGGAAGACUUUCGAACUGCCUGGUUGAACCACCGGAAGCUGGCCCGGUCUUGCCAUGACUUGGACUUGCUAGGCCAGAACCCGGGUUGGGGCCAGACCCAGGCAGUGGAGACGAACAUUGUAUGCAAACUGGACAGCUCGGGGGGCGCCGUACAGCUCCCCGACACCAGCAUCAGCAUCCUCGUUCCCGAGGGCCAUGUGGCCCCUGGGGAAACGCAGCAGAUCUCCAUGAAAGCCCUGCUGGACCCUCCGCUGGAGCUCAACAGCGACAAGGCCAGCUGCGUCAGCCCCCUGCUGGAGGUCAAGCUCAGCACCCUGGAGGUGAGAACCUUCCUCAUCCUGGAGAUGAAGGUUUCGGCCGAGGUGAAGAACGACGCGUUGAGCAAAAGCACAGUGGGCCUGCAGUGCCUGAGGAGUGACUCGAAGGAAGGGCCCUACGUCCCCAUGCCUCUCACCUACAGCUACGGGGACACGGUGCAGGUGCAGCUGGACCACCUGGAGCCCUGCAUGUACCUGGCCAUCGUCGCCCAUGGCCCCAGCAUCCUCUACCCUUCCACCGUCUGGGACUUCAUCCACAAGAAGGUCACGGUGGGGCUUUAUGGCCCCGGGGCGGCCGCUUGCCUUCUUCUGCCGGGCGGAGCCGGACAGCGAGCCCGAGCGGGUGGCCUCCGUCCUGGAGAAGCUGAAGGAAGACUGCAACAACGCGGAGAACAAGGACCGGAAGUCCUUCCAGAAGGAGCUCGUGAUGGCCUUGCUGAAAAUGGACUGCCAGGGCCUGGUGGUCAGGCUCAUCCAGGACUUCGUGCUCCUGACCACGGCUGUCGAGGUGGCACAACGCUGGCGGGAGCUGGCGGAAAAGCUGGCCAAGGUCUCCAGGCAGCAGAUGGACGCGUACGAGUCUCCCCAUCGGGACAGGAACGGGGUGGUGGACAGUGAGGCCAUGUGGAAGCCUGCCUAUGACUUCCUGCUCACUUGGAGCCACCAGAUCGGAGACAGCUACCGGGACGUCAUCCAGGAGCUGCACACAGGCCUGGACAAGAUGAAGAACCCCAUCACCAAGCGCUGGAAGCACCUCACGGGGACCCUGAUCCUCGUCAACUCCCUGGACGUUCUGAGAGCGGCCGCCUUCAGCCCUGCCGACCAUGACGACUUUGUGAUUUGAACGGGUCCCCUCCCGCCUUCGUCCGCUGUCACCGAGGAGCUGGGGAGGGGAGAGGGGUGGCUGCUCAGACAGAGCCUGGACUCGCCAGUCGGCCCUGCGCCCAGGACAAGUACACGCAAGGCCUGCCGUUCUCCAUAGUGAGGGGCCUGAGGGGGCUUCCUACUGUGGUCGUUGCCCUUGUGGAAGAGCUUUCUAUUUGCGGAGUGUAAAUUUAAAUUUAAAAAUCACUUUUUUAAAAGAAUGGGGAUGGGACAUGAGAAAGGUGGUAUCUAAUUUUUUAAUGGAUCAUUAAGAUAAAAAAAAACUUGAUGGGGCAGAUGCUGUUGAGGUUUUUAUGUUAUUCGAAGACCUUUUUAAAUUAUGUCACAGAUGUAUAUAGGUAUUUAAAGGUGCCUGGGGCAUUUCUGGCUUCGUAGUUUGCAUUAACUCUCAGCACAGAAAGACGCCUGUCCGAGUGUGGGACCUUUUCCACUCUCUACUUGGGAAAACGUAGCUCGGAUGGAAAAGGUGGUUUUCCAGCAAACGCCCAUUCUGAGACUCCCCGGCCCUGUGUCCUCUUGCCAUCUGCACAGCUUCACCCCGUUCUGCAGUAAAUGCUCACGUGAGAACACGGAAACCUUGGAGGGCAGUGGGCAGAAGGGCCCCUUGGCAGUGAGCAGCUGGAGGUGACACUGUUCGUGGCCCACCCGCGUGUGCUUAGUCGUUCAGAAGGACAAGGUCACCGGUGAGGUGGGCUCUGCAGCUGUGCACCCCCUAGGGCCAGCGGGGUGCCCCUGUGGAGCUCACUGCCCCUUCCGUGGACAGGAAAAGGUGGCCACGGAACCAGAGGGUGGCAGCCCAGCUCCUCCUGGGCCCAUUGCAGAGACCCUAGUGGGUCUCACGUGCAACGUGCAGAGGUGCCAAACUAUGUUUCAUUUGACUUGAGACGUAACCCCACUCCUGCCCGAGUGGACCCUGGCUCCUUCGACACAGACAAAUGGGAAGCCGUUUUUCGUACAAUGUGAAGGUCCUCUGAGCAGGGGAUGUUUUCUAAAAAUGGAAAUGCUUCCGGCACAAAGGCGGUUCCCAGUGAAGAGUUGUGCGCGUCGCCGCGAGGGCCUGCGUGGCCGCCGUGUCACACCCUGUGAGCCACUGCGGUGUGCGUCUGGAGGAAACAGCGGCAGGCCUGGCAGCUGGCAGCUCACUGGGGGGGCGGCCCUGCGUGGGCCGGGACACGCUGCAAUCAUGCGAUCGGUGUCGGGCCACAUUCUCUGCCGCUGCUUCGUUGAGACGUGGUGAUUACCCAGCGUGAUCGUGGACAAUCCUUCUCAGACUGAAACGCCGCUCUUAGCUACUGAGUCAGAUACUAAAGACCGACAGACUCUAAACAGACAGAACCACAAGUAACAGAUACUUCAUGCUGCAGAAACCAGGACCCAGUUCCCAAUCAUCACACAAACUAACCUUAAAUUCUACUUCUCAAUCCUGUCAUUUCUCCCAGAGGUCUUCGCUCACCUUUCCCCAAAGAAGCAAACAAAACCACUUGCACCUUAAAAAACAUGGAUCUUUUCCUCAGGGGCUUUGAAUAGUUUCCUAUGCAACAUGUCUUGUAGCACAAAUUUAAUUCUACACAAGUUGCAGUAAAUUUUAUUUGGAUAUUUUAACCUGUUACAUGUGUGUGUGUUUUCUGUACCCAACCAGACUAAA